AUGAGCGGGCUAGGCACCAUAUACGACUGGAACUUUACCACGACGCCACAAAUUCAUGCCAAUAAUCGCAUAAUCCCACAGAACCGUGGCCAUGUCCUUGGUGGUAGCUCUGCUUUGAACUUGCUUUCCUGGGAUCGUGGUGUCAAAGCUGAUUAUAAUGCCUGGGAGGAGCUCGGUAAUCCAGGCUGGAACUGGGCCAAUAUGCACACAGCGAUGGAAGCGCAGGAGACCUACCAGGCAACGUCCGUGGCAGGCUCUGCUGGGCUUGUUAGUCAGGGUGUGGGCGAUAGUGGUUCUAUUCAUUUCUUGGUGAACCGCUUUUCGCCCCCUCAGCAGGAGGCGUUCUUCCCUACGAUGCAGAAUCUUGGCCUCAAUCAGACAUAUGAAUUCCUCAAUGGUGAUAUGAUUGGAUGGAUGCGGCAUACGAGCAAUAUCCUGGGUACCAACUAUACUCGAUCCUACGCUCCUACAUUCCUGACCAUUGAUGGACCAAACCUGCACUACAUGGUCAACACGACAGUCGCAAAAGUGAAUCUGGACAGUGCCUGUCAAUCAGCCACUGGUGUUACGUUGCGGAAUGGCACAGUCAUCACGGCCAAGAAGGAAGUCAUUCUCUCAGCUGGCUCUCUCCAAUCCCCGCAACUGCUCGAGCUGUCAGGGAUUGGAAACAAAACUGUUCUCGCUGCAGCUGGUAUCAAGCAGCUCGUAGAUCUACAAGGAGUUGGCGAGAACCUGCAGGAUCAUCUUAAGAGCAACUACACUUCACCGGACAUCCUACGCAUCAAUGCUACUUAUGCCGCUCAGCAGCUCGAUGACUACCACGACAAUAUUUCGAGCUGGUACGAUGAGACUUCCUCUGGAUAUGCCUACAUGCAGUGGCAGCAAGCACAAGGCAUCAAUGCAUCUGCGUUCGAAGCCUGGGGCAAAGCAGCGGCCGUAUCAAGCAACGCUGUUGAUCGAAAGAAGCUACAGAAUCUGCUGGACGUGAGCGACAGAGUGCCGCAGCUCGAGGUCCUCUUCAAUGAUGGCUACCUCGGCAACAAGGGAUACCCAGCUGUCAACUCAACCCUGUAUGGCAAGCAGUUCUUCACGCUGAUCGCCAGCAUCAAUCAUCCUUUCUCACGCGGCAGCACACACAUCAACAGCACAAACCCAUCUGGUCAUCCUGUCUUCAACCCAAACUAUCUGAGCAAUGACUAUGAUCUCCAAGCAAUCGCACAAGCUGCAAAUUACAUGCGACACAUCGCCCAGACCGCUCCGAUGUCGUAUACUUGGGAUACUGAGUACGAGCCUGGUCUUCAGAACGUCACCACUGAUGCUGAGUGGGUACAGUAUGCACGGAAUAAUGUGCUUAGUAUUUGGUAUCCUAUCGGCACAACUGCGCUGUUGCCACAGAAGGAUGGUGGUGUAGUCAGUCCAGAGCUAAAGGUAUAUGGUAUCAGGAAUUUGCGAGUGGUCGACGCCGGUGUGAUCCCCAUAUGUAUCUCUGGUCAUAUUCAGACGGCUGUGUAUGGUAUUGCUGAGAGGGCGGCACAGAUGAUUGCCAAGCAGUGGUCAUAA